AUGACGGUAGCUGGCAGUGACGACGACAAACAAAUUGAUCGUAGCCAUCGUAGUGAUGGGAGCUGCUGCAGUAUCAGUAGUAGUAGCAGUAGCACUAGCAGUACUCAUGGUGACGACGGGAUCCCGCACGCCAAUGGGGUGGUCAGAGUCCACCAAGGCAGGUCACUAUUGUCAAGGAUUUUCAUGUGUCAUUUAUCGCUGUUUUGUGUGAUUCGUUACCUUGCUCGGCUCUUGUUCUCUGGAUUUGCCGCAGUCAGGGCUGCCAGGGACUCCGAAACGUACGCCAUGCAAAAAAAAGAAGAUGAUUUCUCAUGUGGGAACCAGAAAGACUCCGAGCGAGGUGGUGGGAUCACAGCCAAAGGUAUUCAAGCGCUCAGAUCGCAGUUCCGGCUCGACUCUGACACCGAUACAGAGACGACAAGCGGCCGUUCUUUCUCUUCUGCAGCAGUUAGUGGGGAAGCGCGGCGUCGCCUUCGGGCUAAUUUACUUAUACGUCAAUUUUUUAAAAAAGAGAGAACCGAAAGCAUGCUGAGGACUCUUCGUGUCCAUGCUUGUACUUGGAACGUGGACCGCCAACCUCCCCCUAACGGCAAUAAUGGUUUUUAUGAGUGGCUAUUAGGGCGGAAACUAAUGGGAAAGGUAACUACCUAUUGGGAUUUAAGCAAAGAAGCCAGAGAAAAUAGCAAUGAGACUACCCCUCCUUUUCCGAUUGAAGAAUUCCCUGAUAUUGUUAUCGUUACUUUGCAAGAAGUGGAAAUGGGCGGAGUUGUUCUCGUAAGGGAAUACACUGAAACGGGAGUCAUGUGGACAGAGGCCAUAGUAGAUGCCUUGAACAAAAUUAGUGAACAUCGAGUAUGGUACAAGAAGGUGAAGUCGGUGCAGCUCGUGGGACUGGUACUUGUCGUUGUGGCACGCGUUGAACACAUCAACUACGUGGCAAAUGUUCGUGUCUCCCUCACAAGAACCGGUGCGAUGCGUGGGGUCUGGGGAAACAAGGGUUCGGUUGGAAUUCGGGCCACAAUAUACGGUAAACGGUUUCUAUUCAUUGCCGCACAUUUCGUGGCACAUAAACAUAACGAACGCACCCGUACCCUUAACUACCAUGCCUCGCUUAAGGAUCUCAUGUUUGAGAUGCCGGCAGGCGUGGAUAGUGAACUGGAUGUGUUGGAGACAUUUAGUACCGCCGCACGAGAUUCUAAUAUGGAGCAUGGCAUCAUUGAGAAGCGUUCGAGGUUGACGCCCUUCUUUCGAAAUUUGCGCCGAACCCCCUCCGCGCUACUGGAGAAAGAAGUGUUGGACAAAUACGACUAUGUAUUUUUUCUUGGGGACCUAAAUUCCCGUCUACAUGGUCUGAAAGGCACAGACAUCCGUCGCCUGGUUCGGAACAAGGAGUACGAUCGACUCAUCUGCCAUGACGAGAUACGGCAAGGGAUGGUCAGCGGGGACACUUUUGACGGCUUUCAGGAGGCCCUUAUAGCGUUUCCGCCCACGUACAAACUUGACCGGAAAACAGAUUUGUACGACACGAGUAGAAGGAAACGUGAACCUGCAUGGUGUGACCGCAUUCUCUUCCGUGUCUGUCUCCCCUGCGAGAAAUCCGACGACGACGAUAGCAAUGAUCAUGAUGUUGGUGGUGUGAAUAGGAAUGACGGGAACAACAAACAAGAAGGUGAGAACAGAGCUUUGUAUGGAUCUUUCUCAUAUUUAAAUAGCAGCACCAAAUUAAUGUACAGCAUGCCGGAGUUUUCGGUUCCUGUGGACAAUGUAAAUGAACGGCUCAACAGAACGGACGACGAUGUCGUUUCGCUCCAAUCAUCUACUUCUUCGGUGAGUAGCGAAGGUGCGGUAUCGUUGCUUGGAAAAUCGGAUUCCGUGUUGUCUGAUGUGCACUAUCGGAGCUGUUACUUGGAGACCCUGUCAAAAAUGAGGGCACAGAAUUUUCAAAUUUCUUCUUUCACUCAUCGUGACGUCUCUUUAGAUGAAACAGAAUCGCUGCCAACUUUUCUUGCUGCAAGGCGAUCGACGUGCACCGAUAAAAGAUUCAAGUUUUUCCCGAUGAUUCCAAACAAGAUGCUCGUCGUUGACUACCAUCAUGUGCAGGCUCUGCGACAUUCCGACCACCGGCCUGUUUGUGCGCAGUUUAGGGUGUCCGUUCUCUCGUUCGAGAAGGAUUUAGUGGACAGUGUGCUGCAAAAGGUGAAUGAAGCUUUUUAUUUGGAGGAGAAUAAUCCUCUUCACGACUCAUGA